CGCUCACACUUCCCAAUCCCACCCCCGCAUGCAAGGCUGAGCCUGGCAUGAGUGGCGCCCCCGCCCACCCGGCAUUGCUGCCUCCGCUUUUCCUCCUCGCACAUGGCUGGCGAUGCACAAACACGGCGCGUGCCCUGACGGCUCGAAAAGCGAGGCAGGGCAUGCGUGGGUGUGUGUGGCUCCGAAUCGAGACCCGGGACUGCGUCGGGAUGAGGUGCGCCUUUGCCCGGCCAACUGCAGUGCUCUACUCCAUCCAGAGCGGGCAGCAGUUGCGGUGGCCCAGACUGCAACCGACAAGCAACCCCUUUCCCCAGUCUCGUCACGCCGGUGGCGUUUCCGUCGGCCGUCUUUUUUCCUCUUUCCUGUUUCUGCUCUGUUUCCUCUCGCAAUCACGGGCGUGUCACUUGGGGCGGACCUGGACGGAUAUCGGGGCAGCGUUGUGGUAUUGGAGGCGUUCUUUGGUGUGGGAUCAUCAUGUCCAGGGCUUAUUAUUCGGCGCCAUUGCAUACGGAUUUCCUGAUGGCUCUCCUUACAUGGGUGCGCGGCUGGCUUCGUUCGGGGAUCAUCAUCAUCAUCAUCAUGAAAGGGGGAAAGGCGUCUAUCGGGCAAAGGGCGCAAGGCAACGUGGCGGCCGCAAACAGGCCGGCGCCAUUGGAUUGCCAUCUACAUACACUUCUAUCGUUAUUGCUAGCUUGCAAGGCAGCCGAGAUCAAUCAAGAAAUCGAACCACGCACAUCCACUGUCUCAUGCGGUGCAUUGCACAUUGGACACCCAGCCGACCUCAUAAUGCAACCGAUAUCAACAUGCAAGAUACACCGCCAUAAAUGUGUCAUAUCUCAACCACAUCGACAGACGCCCGAAGCAAGCCCAUCCAAAAGCCACCACUCGCGUCGUCUGGUCACGAUCCCCCCUGCCUUGCCUCCCCUGCCCUCUCUCCCCUGCCCUCUCCCCCUGACUCCCCUGCCCCCCCUGUCCGCGUCUGCCGUUCGCGACUCCAGCAAACGCACAACACCCCUGGCCAUGCCAUGCAGACUGCAGGAUGCAGGACGCAUUGCUGGGCGUUGGACGUGCACUCCUGCCGGCGUCCGAAAACGACUGUUGAAGCAUUGGCACCCCGCACAGAACGUGGUGUUGACUGGACCAGAAACCGUCGACGUUAAGCCUCAUCCGUGUUUUGUUUCCGUUUCCAGAGGCCCGGUUGGGUUCGGGACGCGCGGGUGCCUCUCAACACCCCCUUUCCGCAGUCGCGAAACGAGUCAUGCAAUGCACAGGUCCGGACGAAGAUAGGACACAGGUCGGAGGGCGCGUCGCGAGCGACAACAGGGGAGCGACACCGCACACCGUUUGGCGGACAAGAUAACACAGAGCAGAAAGCAGCAGCAAACAGCAACAGCAGCGGCGGCGGCGGCGGCAGAGACCGUUUCUGCGGCCCG